AUGGAAGAGAUCCUCGGCUCCACAAACGGUACGUCGUCAUCGUCACGAAUCGAAGAAGUAAGUGCGAGUGCAGCGAGUAGACUCGAAGAACAGAUUCGUCAAAUUGCUGAACGAGCUCGUUUAGCGCAAGCGGCGAGGUCUCAGCAACAGCAAAAAGUGCAACAAUCCCAGCAACAACAACAACAAAAUGAACAAAAACAAACAACUGCUGCAAAAACGAAUGAAAACAAUGCGGCUGGUAAUGCUUUUCUUGAAGCAUUGAUGAAAGAACAGGAGAAUUAUCAGUUGAAAUUAAAGAGUCAACCUAAAAUUACAGCAGGUGCCAUGGAACCAGCACCGAAGAAAAAGAAACGUCAACGAAGGAAUCCGGUUUGGCCGUAUUUUGAAGUGAAGGAUGGAGUUGCAAGUUGUAAACAGUGCAGCUAUAGUACAACAUCUGUGUUCAGUACCAAUCUGAAAGUACACCUAAGGACACAUCACAACGCUACCUAUAAAUUGGUGAUCGAAGCCGAAGAGCAGCAGCAUGCAGCACUGCAAAAAUCAAUGAUGAAUCCAUCAGCGCCCACCAAUCCAUCCGCAAUGAGCGGUCUAAAUCCAUAUAUGCACAAAGUGACCACAACCGCUCUACCAGCAAUCGCACCACUGCACAACGCUUUAGCGUCCAAUUCGAACGGUCUCGAAUUGUCGUUGGGACAGAUUUUGAGUCGUGUCAAUAACGCAUCGGAAAGUCACAGUGCAACGAGUUCAGGGCCUGCAACGCCUAUUUCCACUACGGGUGAUAUGGACAGUGCUUUCGAAACUGCAUCAACAUCGGAUUAUGAUUUGACGUAUUCGACUUUGCUGAAUGGUGGUCGGAUAGAUGAGGGAUGUUUGCCGGCGUUGAAUCAGUCGACGUGCGCAUCGAAACGUCGUCGAGUUAGACGUCAUCCAGUUUGGAGAUUUUUUAAAGAUAUCGAUGAUCCGAAGGUACAAGAUUCAAGUGCGCCUUCGAGUUGUUCAACUCCAACUAAUAGUAGCUCGUUAGGGUCGGUUGGAUGCGUGAAGUGUUCAUUCAAUACGGCAUCGCCAUUCAGUACCAACUUGAAAAUGCAUUUGAAGGCGCAUCAUAAAAGUGAUUACAAUUUGGUGCUGAAACUCGAAGCACAACAACGUGAAGAGGAGUGCAUUCGCAGUGCACCGUUCGUGCCCAGUCCCACCAAAAGGAAAUGCAGCUGGGAUGAGGGUGUGACGAGCCAGUUAUCUGUUGAUGCAAACAAACAACUGGGUAACCUUCUGAACCAGAUGACCGCGCAGUUGCUGUUCAAGACCGGAAACAAUGUAUUUGAAACGGACGAAGACAGUUUGAUAUCGAUGUCGACAUCUGAUCGUCUAGCAGCUAUGGUUGAACUGGCGGCUGCAUCGAAUACCUCUCCUGAGCAAGCGAAUAAACUGGAUACGAAACCAUCUAAAAUCACUGAUUCGCUGAUUAACUCGGCAUCGUCACCAGCUUUGUUGAACGGUAGUAAUCAGUCGUCGUUCUCGGCGAGUCUUGAGUCGUUACAAUCCGACCUGUUGGCGCGUUUCGGAUUGAAUGGCUCAGAUCUGCUGCAAAGCAGUCCUUUACUGCAAGGAGCCACCGGUGUAUUAGGUAAUCAUUCAAUGAACGCAACGCAAUCGUCAACAUUACGCCACCAAGCUUCUGGUAACAAUCUUUUCGGGCAAUCACUACCAACCUCAACACAUAACUCAGACACGACCAAAUCCGUUAGGUUUGUGUUCGUUGUUCAGCAAUUAUUCUCACGUCUUUGA